AUGACACAGGUUGUUUGCAUUCGCUCCACUUGGAAUGCUCUGUCUCCAAAGCUGAGUUGUGACACAAGACCUCUCAUUCUGAAGACCCUGAGUGAACUGUUUUCUCUGGUUCCUUCCUUAACAGUCAAUACAGCUGAAUAUGAGAAUUUUAAAGUUCAAGUCCUCAGCUUCCUCUGGACUCACACUCAAAACAAGGACCCAGUUGUAGCAAAUGCUGCAUAUAAAUCUCUGUCCCACUUUAGUGCAGGAGAACACACCAUUCUCCAUCUGCCUGAAAAGAUAAGACCAGAAAUCCCAAUUCCUGAUGAGUUAGAUGAAGAUGAAGAUGAUGAGGAUAUGGAUCUUUCAGUGCCUGGCUCUUGCUAUCUCCAACUAUUGUCACUCACUGCUCCAUUGGUUUUGCCAGCUUUGGAAGAAUUUUUUACAUCGCUUGUGAAACAAGAAAUGGCAAAUAUGCCCCGUGGAAUAUAUCACUCUGCAUUAAAAGGAGGUACCCGCUCAGACCAAGGAAAGACUGUAGCAGGAAUCCCCAAUUUUAUCUUGAAAAUGUAUGAAACAAACAAGCAACCAGGAUUGAAACCUGGCCUUGCAGGUGGUAUGUUAUUUUGCUAUGAUGUUUCAACCUAUCAGAGUAAAGAUGGCAAACCAUUGAAUCGACUGAUGGCCAGUAGAGGGCGAAGUUUCAAGCAGAUGUCACUUGCUCUUGUACAUGAGGUUCACAUCCAGCUUUCAGAGUGGCACCGUGCAAUUUUUCUUCCACAGGCGUGGCUUGCAUAUAUGAAUCGAGCUUAUCAUGCCAUUUUACAGGGAAGAAUAGGAGAGCUGGAGUUGCAGUUAAAACAUGGAAAAGAAGGACCUGAGGAGGUGCAAUACAAAAAAAGCACAGCCUGGCUCUGGGUAAGAGACAUGUUGUCUGAUGAGAUCACCAAGGCAGCUGCAAAGGAGAGUCCAGUGGUCAAAGGCAAUGCCCUAUUAGCCUUAAGUGGCCUUGCUGUCGUCGUAUCCAAACAUGAAGCCAGUCUCUCCUCAGACUCGGACGGGGCCCAGGAGAUUCAAAUGAAUUUUCUUUCAAUGAAAGAGUGGGUUUCUAUGGUGCUUGAUACUCUUUUGGUCAUUGUGGAUAGCCAUUACCAACCCAAAGGACAACUUUUCUCAUGGUUUUAUUAUAAAUCCUAUUCUGGUGAAAACACAGCUAGUGCCAUCGCCCGUUCUGCUGCUGCCACGGCUUUGUCUCUGCUUGUGCCAGUUUUCAUUAUCUCUUGCAAAGAGAAGGUUGAGGAAAUCCUAAACAUGCUGACUGCCAGGUUACCUGGGAAACCAAGUGCUGAUGAGUCUCAAGCCGUGCAAAUCCACAUGGGCCUUGCUUUGGGGAUGUUUCUCUCUCGCUUGUAUGAGGAGAAACUCAGUGAUAUAUCUGGCCAACAGAUGAACCUUCUUCUGAUGAAGUCUUUGAAUGCCCUGGAAAAUUGCUGCUUUGACAGUAGUCUUGAAUACAA